AUGAGAAAGACUCCUUCGCCUCUGCACACACUGUCUUGUACAGACCGCUUGCAUGGAAUCCUAUUCAUUGCAGCCCUCCAAACUGCUGGGGGCCAAUACCGGGUGAAUGGACAAAAGGACAAUAUAAAGCCCGCAAUAGUGCUAAUAGACCUGCUGAAACGUGGAAGCGAGGUCAACAUGUCAAGAUUCAGUGGCACCGCAAUAACCACAGCGGCGGGUUUGUACGUUUCUCUCUUGUCCCCGUCUCCAAGAAGAACGACCGCAGAUGGCAUGCCUACACCGCCUUCCACUACGGUUGCUUCUCGGGACAAGUUUACAAGUGCAAGGGAACCAGGGCUUGUGGAAAUGACAAUCUCGGCCGUGGCUAUUAUCAAUAUAUUGAGGUUCCAAGAGUAUUCCCUGACGGAAACUACGUUUUUACCAUGGUCUGGUUUGGCGGUCUCAGAGUCAAAGACGUCAAGGAGGAGUUUCCAAACUUUUUUUCGGCUAGUUAUGUCCGUAUCAGAGGCGGGAAGUCUGUGUGGAAGUAUCACAACCCCAAGUUUUUCCCCGUCAAAAGCUCAUUUAACAGAGAUGGAGAAGUAA